CCUCUCUACCCAUUUCUCCUACAUUCCUCUGUUCUCAAACACUCCCUCUUAAUUCCCUUAAUUAUUCAAACUAUUCUUACUUCUUUUUACAUUUUCCUUUCUUUUUCUUUUUCCUUUUCCUUUUCACUUCCCAAUGGGUAACGCUGAUUACGUCUACCCAUCCUCAGCGCCCACGGCAGGGGAAGGAGGCGACUGUUUACACAGGGCAGCCAUUCCCCCGCCCCAGCCAUUCCUCAAGUCACUCAAAAACGCUAUGAAGGAGACCUUCUUUCCCGACGACCCACUCCGCCAGUUCAAGAACAAGCCGCCCGCCAAGAAGAUGAUAUUGGGCUUCCAGUACUUUUUUCCUGUCGUCGAAUGGGGGCCCAGGUAUAAUUUAGGGCUGUUCAAAUCCGAUCUUAUUUCUGGUUUCACCAUUGCUAGUCUAGCCAUUCCUCAGGGUAUUAGCUAUGCUAAACUCGCCAACUUGCCUCCCAUACUUGGACUCUAUUCGAGUUUUAUUCCACCGUUAAUUUAUGCAAUGAUGGGAAGUUCAAGAGACUUAGCUGUUGGGACGGUUGCAGUGGCAUCGCUUUUAAUCAGCUCAAUGUUAGGAGCAGAGGUUAACCCUGCUCAAAAUCCCACUCUUUAUCUCCACCUUGCUUUCACUGCCACUUUCUUUGCCGGAGUCUUCCAAGCCUCUUUAGGCCUUUUAAGGUUAGGGUUUAUUGUUGAUUUUUUGUCACAUGCAACUAUUGUUGGGUUCAUGGCGGGUGCUGCCACGGUCGUGUGCCUACAACAACUCAAAGGCAUCUUAGGGCUUACCCAUUUCACCCACUCGACCGAUCUCGUCUCCGUCCUUCGCUCCGUCUUUAGCCAAGUUCAUGAGUGGAGAUGGGAAAGUGGGGUGUUGGGAUGCUGUUUUCUCUUCUUCCUCCUCAUCACAAGAUAUUUUAGCAAGAAGAAGCCAAAAUUCUUUUGGAUAUCAGCAAUGGCACCUUUGACAUCGGUGAUUUUAGGAAGCCUUCUAGUGUUUCUGACUCAUGCUGAAAAACAUGGGGUGGAAGUGAUUGGAGAAUUGAAGAAAGGGGUAAAUCCAGUGUCAAUAACAAAAAUGGUGUUUGUGUCACCAUACCUUUCCACUGCCAUUAAAACUGGCAUCAUCACUGGCGUCAUUGCUCUUGCGGAAGGAAUAGCAGUUGGAAGAAGCUUUGCAAUGUUCAAACAUUAUAACAUUGAUGGCAACAAGGAAAUGGUAGCCAUUGGCACUAUGAACAUUGUCGGCUCUUGCUUCUCCUGUUAUCUCACCACAGGCCCAUUUUCCCGAUCGGCUGUGAAUUACAAUGCAGGAUGCAAAACCGCAGUAUCAAACGUCGUUAUGGCGAUUGCAGUGAUGUUGACAUUGUUGUUCUUGACUCCUCUGUUCCACUACACUCCUCUUGUGGUGCUUUCUUCCAUCAUCAUUUCCGCCAUGCUUGGCCUCAUCGAUUAUGAAGCUGCUAUUCACUUAUGGAAAGUUGAUAAAUUCGAUUUCCUUGUCUGUAUUGGCGCUUAUGCUGGUGUUGUCUUUGCCAGUGUUGAAAUUGGAUUGGUCAUUGCGGUGGUGAUAUCUCUGCUUAGGUUACUUUUGUUCGUUGCUAGGCCGAGGACACUUGUGCUUGGGAACCUUCCCAAUUCCACGCUUUACAGAAACAUUGAGCAAUACCCAAAUGCCGGCAAUGUUCCCGGCAUUCUGAUACUUGAGAUUGACGCUCCCAUUUACUUUGCUAAUUCAAGCUACUUGAGAGAGAGGAUUAUGAGGUGGGUUGAUGAAGAGGAAGAUAGGAUAAAAGCUUCCAGUGAAAGUACGUUACAAUAUGUCGUAUUGGACAUGAGUGCUGUUGGCAACAUUGAUACAAGUGGAAUAAGCAUGUUUGAAGAGUUGAAGAAGAUUUUAGAAAGAAGGGGAUUGAAGAUAGUUUUGGCCAACCCUGGGGCUGAAGUAAUGAAGAAGUUGGACAAGGGCAAGUUCAUCGAGACCCUUGGACAUGAAUGGAUCUAUCUUACAGUCGCCGAAGCUGUUGCGGCCUGCAAUUAUAUGCUUCACUCUUGCAAACCAAACCUUGUAACUGAUGAGAAAGCUGAGCCAUGGAACAAUGUCUAAGACAUUGAAUCAAGGAAAGCAAGCAGAGCAGGAACAAACAAUGUCUCUGUGAAGUCUCAAGCUGAAGUUAACCUCCGGGGUAAUUUUUCCCCCCCUCUGGAUACUAUCACUUGUAGGCCAAAAUAGUAUUUAUAUAAAUAUAAAUAUAUAAAUAUGGAAUUAAUAUCGAAAAAAAGAAGAAGAGAAAGAGAGAAAUGAUAUGGAAGUGAGGAAAUGCUUGUAUUGUAUUCCCUAUUUUCUCAUUCGAAUUACUAAUUGUAAAGGUGUAUCUGAAAAUAAUGCUAAGCCUUUUUUCUUCUGGAAUCUUUCAAGAGA